UCAAAAUUGCUAUAAUGAAGAAAACCUCAAAGAGAUGAUCUUUAGAAGCUCUCAAUAUGGCGCUCCCCCCACAACUUCACCUGAGUCUCUCCAUCCCUCCUACUCCGUCUCCACCAAACGUCCCAUUUCCGACGAUGCUGGAGAUCUCCGAGUCCUCCAGAUCCCAAGGCCUCUGUCUCCGCCUGCAAACCCUCGGCCCAUUCUUCCGCGUAACAGCCGUAGGACUCGCCGGAACAGAGCUCGGUAGAGCUGAGGGCUUCAUCCAUCCAUGGUUCGGGGGCAAGGUUCUCCACCUCGAUUCCAUACGAAUGAAGAGGGAGACGCUCGCCAUGAAACGCUCUAUCUUUGGCUUCGGCCUAUUCGUCGGCGCCGUGGCCAUUCGUCACGGCUUCGACUGCGGUGCCGAGCUCCUUGCCAUUAAUGAUACUCCAGAGUUCCACUCUAGACUUGUAAGAUUUUAUACAAGGAUGGGUUUCAGGGCGGUGCACGAGGUGGAUGGCUCGUCAAUGGUGGAUCUGGCUCACAUGUUGGUAUGGGGAGGAAGAGGAACUCGGAUGGACGCAGAUAUAGAAGAUCUUUUGAGGAAAUGGAAUGAAAAUCAAAACAUACAAAAUUCAAGAAUUCUGUUAUCUGCAGCACCUUAACAAGCGAAAGAAUCUGUGUUGCGUGUUUCCAUGCUAAAAAUUGGGCCUGUAAAGAAACAUCGGUCUUAGAUAUUUUAGUCUCUUUUAAUUACACACAGGAGCACUUAAAGAAAUUAGAAAAUG